AUGCGCUGCUCUUGGACUCUUGGGUCUUGCGAGUUUGGGGAGGCGGGGGAAGAUAUUCUAGGGAAUGGGGUGAAUUCACUUUGCCCCGCCUCCCCGCAGGUGGCCGAGGGAAGCCCGUGCCGGGAGCCGCUGUCCCUGGAGCUGUCCCCUCGGAAAAGGCUGCCGGCUGCUCCCCCAGACGAGGAUCGAUGUGGCAACCGCCCCCCGCCCGAGGGGGCCGGCGCUGGGGCUGGAACCGGGUUGGAACCAGGCCACUUUGAGCGGUCCGGGAGAGGGGGCUGGUGCCGCCACUGUCAGACCAAACUCGCCGAACUGAAGAGACAGGCCUGGAAAUUGGUCGGUGGGCAGGGUACGCCCCUCGGGGACCCGAGAAUUUCAGCUUUAAUUCUUGACAGACUCCAAGUGCCUGAGUAUCUCCAGAGGAACCGGUUGGAAGGAGAGAGUCGCUGUGAUGUGUGUGCCACACACCUGAACCAGCUUAAGCAAGAAGCCAUCCAGAUGGUCCAGGUGUCUUCCUGUUAUGAGAAGCCCGACCACCCGCAUGGUCCUGGGGCCCUAGCCCGCUUGGCAUCUCAGAACCUGGCCAACCAUUGCUCUUUGGGUGGAGACUUGCCUUUGGCCUCAGGGCAAGUGGGGAAGCAGCAGGCUUCUCCCUUCCCUGGAGCAGAGAGGAAAAAAGCUCUGGCAUGGCCCCCAGCCUCUGGUGGCUUUCCCAACUCCAGUGUCCAAGUCACUGUGGCUCCCACAGGCCUCGGUGGGGCCUUGAGCUCUGUCACCAUCCAGGCUCAGCAGUACCUGGAAGGCAUGUGGAGUAUCUCCAGAGUGAAUAGCUUCCUCCCACCAGCUUGCCUGGCAGAAGCAGCCACAGAACAGGUGAAGGAUGGACCCCGUGGCCAAGGGGCCCCCGGGCAGCACCGCUGUGACCAGCCCGGAUGUUGUCCCCCUGGUACUUCACAGAGUCUGGUGGCACCAGGGGGAGUCUCUACAGGUACUUCUGCCGCAGCUUCCUUCUUCAUAAGAGCAGCCCAGAAGCUCAACCUGGCCUCCAAGAAGAAGAAGCCUCACCCACCCCUGACCCCCUCACACGACUUUUCCAUCUAUGGGACAAACUUCAGUGGUGUUCUGCAGCUCAGCCCUCCCCCGGCGCCCCCCUGCCUACUGAGAUCUGUGGCCAAAGCCAAGGAGAACCCAGGCGUUGGGAAGGUGAAGGUGAUGGUGCGGAUCUGUACGUCGCCGGGUGCCCCUCACUCUUCCGAGCCCAUGUCCUUCCUGAAGGUGGAUUCCCGGAAGAAACAGGUGACACUCUACGACCCAGCCGCUAGCUCCCCAGCCAAUGGGGGCUCACGGAGAACAGCAGGUGCGGUCCCGAAGAUGUUUGCUUUUGAUGCAGUCUUCCCGCAGGAUGCUGCUCAGGCCGAGGUGUGCUCCGGGACAGUGGCAGACGUGAUCCAGUCAGUUGUGAAUGGUGCUGAUGGCUGCAUAUUCUGCUUUGGCCAUGUCAGGCUUGGGAAGUCAUAUACCAUGAUUGGGAAGGAUCAUUCCACCCAGAGCUUGGGGAUUGUGCCCUGUGCCAUUUCUUGGUUGUUUAAGCUGAUCAAUGAGCGGAAAGAAAAGACGGGAACCCGGUUCUCUGUGCGCGUUUCAGCCGUAGAGAUUAGCGGCAAAGAUGAAAACCUCAAGGAUUUGUUAGGUGACGUAGCUAGUGGCAGCCUUCAGGAUGGCCAGUCUCCUGGGGUUUACCUUCGAGAGGAUCCUGUUUGUGGAACCCAGCUUCAGAACCAGAGUGAGCUCCGGGCUCCGACUGCAGAGAAAGCUGCCUUCUUCCUGGAUGCAGCACUGGCUGCCCGGAGCACCAGCCGGGCUGACUGUGAUGAAGAGGACCGAAGGAACUCACACAUGCUGUUCACCCUCCAUAUCUACCAGUACCGGAUGGAGAAGUGUGGCAAAGGAGGAAUGUCAGGCGGACGUAGCCGUUUGCACCUCAUCGAUCUGGGGAGUUGUGAAAAAGUGCUGAGCAAGAACCGGGAAGCUGGUGGUUCCCUCUGCCUGUCUCUGUCUGCCUUGGGCAAUGUGAUCUUGGCCUUAAUCAACGGUGCAAAGCACGUGCCAUACAAAGACAACAAGCUGACGAUGCUCCUUAGAGAGUCGUUGGGCAACAUCAACUGCAGGACCACCAUGAUCGCCCACAUCUCUGACUCCCCGGCCAACUAUGCAGAGACCCUCACCACAGUGCAACUUGCCUCCCGCAUCCACCGAAUGAGAAAGAAGAAGUCCAAGUAUGCAUCCAGCUCUUCAGGAGGAGAGAGCUCCUGUGAGGAGGGCCGAGUACGGAGACCCCCACACCUGAGGCCUUUUCACCCUCGCACGGUGGCUUUGGAUCCCGACCUCCCUGGCCUGGGCCUCUCCAGUGACCCUGAUUAUUCCUCCAGCAGCGAGCAGUCCUGUGACACCGUCAUCUACGUGGGGCCCAACGGGGCCGCCCUGUCUGACCGGGAACUCACAGACAAUGAGGGCCCGCCUGAGUUUGUCCCCAUUAUCCCAUCACUCAAUAGGAAGCGGGGCAAGGAUGGGCUGGGUGGCCCGUGGAGCUCAGACAAGGACCACUUCAAGUGUAACACGUUUGCUGAGCUGCAGGAGAGACUGGAGUGCAUUGAUGGGAGUGAGGAGCCCAGUCGCUUUGGUGGGGGCGACUCCUCUGGGGUAGGGAAUGGCAAUGGUCCAGGCAGUGCGGAGGCUGGCCUGGCCAAGUCAGCCAAGGAGAAGCCACCCUCCCCACUGAGGGGGUGCAAGAAGCCUGCGUUGCUGGAGGCAGCAUCCCCCAAAAAGGGGCCUGGCCUCCAUUUCUCAGCAGGACCUCCCCGCAAUGGUGCCUGCUCAGGAAGCAGCCCCUCCCAAGGCCAAGUGGAUAUCCCCAAUCCUGUGACUAGAGGUGAUGGGAAAAAAUCAGAUGUGGUGUCAGAUGGAGGGAGAGAUCCAGCUCUACACUCGUCGAGAUCCUGUAAGCCGGAAGUGACCAGGAGCCCAGACUGUAGCAUUACCACAGAGCCAGUUGUCAAGGACAAGGCCAUGUACGGGAAGCGACCUCUGCCCAGCCCAGCGCCCCCACCCCCUCAGCAGAAGGACCUCACGCCUCCUAGCAACAUGUAUCCCAAGCUGGAUGACGGUGGGGUCCGGACACCUCCGCUAGGAAUGAGUAAGCAGAUGGUGAGCUCUGGGGAGAUGCCGCCUGCCCAGGGGGCAUCUCCACCGCCGUCCACCAGCACCCUGGAAGUACACAGCUUCCACUCGGCUUUCCGGGGUAAGUGCUUUGACCGGGACAUCCUGACGACUACAGUGACCCUACAGCAGCCGGUGGAGCUGAAUGGCGAGGACGAGCUGGUGUUCACCGUGGUCGAGGAGCUGUCAAUCAGUGGCAUGGUAGACUCGGGCCGGCCCACGAGCAUCAUCAGUUUCAACAGUGACUGCUCCCUGCAGGCUCUGGCCUCAGGCUCCCGCCCGGUCAGCAUCAUCAGCAGUAUCAAUGAUGAGUUUGAUGCCUACACGUCUCAGGCGUCCGGCGUGAACAUCGACAUCGUCCUGCCAUUCACCGAGGGAGCCUUUCCCUCCGGAAGCCGCCGCUCUUCCAUCAGCUCUUGGCUCAGUGAGGUCAGCCUCUGCACCAUGGAUGGUGAGGUGAUGCCCCCCGGGGAGGUCCUCACUACAUCAUCUCCUUUUGCCUGUGACCCCCCCGGGGAGAACUUCACCUUGGACUCUCCUGGUGUCACUGUCACUUUCACCCCAGGGAACCUCAAGAACUCCUUGAAUGACAGCGGGCUUUGUGUCUCAGAGCUGGACAGCUUGGAGAGCACUAGCUCCAAGAAGCUGUCACCUGCCAUUGCCAAGAAUCCUCAGUCCUUGGGAUCCACCAAAGCUGCCCCCACUCCAGGUGUCUCCAGGAUCCCCAAUCAGCCCAGGAGAGCAGGGAGGGGUGGGAAUCCGCAAGUGACCCAUAAGAUGCAAACCAUCCAUUCUAGUCUUCCUCGGACUCUGAGAACUACUACCUCAACCCCCAACUAUGUGGGUGCCAUGCACCACAGCCAUGAAUUGCCCAGUCCAGGUGGGCUAUUUGAUGACCCUUGGCUAGUGAGAGUGGACGUCCCACCGGGCACCCACUCCACAGACCCACUGUCAUCUCCUAGCAACCCUCCAUUAAGUAUUGACCCCUUAAACAUGCCAUGCAGAGAGGCCGCAGGGUAUAGGCCCCCCAAGUCUCAGACAAUUUUGGCCUGUUCCCAGCGGGUGGUGGAUGGAUGUGAAAUGUCUUGCAAGUCAGCUGGGGACCAUGCUAAGAAACCAGAGGUCAUGACCCAAAUCCCACCCUUGAGGAGAGGGGCCACCACACUGGGUGUGAUGCCAGUGGCUCGAAGUGGAGAUAGCCCUGACUCUACUUUGACCACCAGCAGCCUGAAAACCUCUAUGGGGAAGAAGACCGGCCCCCAGAAGUCGAGUCUCUUACCCAGGCCCAGUGGGGCAGGACCUCCUGCCCCACCAGUCCGGAAAUCAAGCCUUGAGCAAAAAAGCGGCAUUUCUCCUUCUAGGGGAGGCAUGGACCCUGCAAGAGCCCCUGCUUCCAGAGGGGAAGAAGAGGCUGACUUAAGACCCAGGCCUGGUGCAGGCUUGGCUUCAGAGAGCCUGAAAGGCAAAGCCAGCAUCAAGAGUGAGCAUUCUCUGCCCAAGAGCACAUCGAGCCUGAAGGCGAGAGCAGCCAAGCCUGACGUAGUACAUCGUUAUGGAAGUCACAUGUCCCUCGAGCGGUGUGAGGGCCUAGGCUUGGGGGGAGCCAAGGCCGAUGGCGGGGGCAGCAACAUUGGGAGGCAGGGACGGUCUGUGCCGCGGUUGGGUGUGCCCCCUGUGGCCCCUUCUCCCGUGUCUCCAACGUCAUACGUGACCCCCUGCAAGGGCGGCUCCGCAAAGGGGGUGGCGAAUGUCAAAUCCCCAGCUGGUGGAAGCAAGAGCCGUAACCUGCUGGCGAGUGGGUCGCGGGCUCUCAGCUCUUCUGUGAAGUCACUGAGUCAGCAGCCCGCGGGGAAGAGCCCCAGUGGCCCCACUAACGGCAAGGUGGCCCCGCGUGCGGUGCCUGGGGUCAACAGCAAGCCUAGCCGGGGAACCAUCAUGGGCACCAAGCAGGCCAUGAGGGCUGCCAACAGCCGCGUGAACGAGCUGGCCUCUGGGAGCUCGGGCAAAGGGGGCCAUUCCCGUAGCUCGGCGGAUUCGGACAGCGGGAAUGACAGCGGCGUGAAUCUGGGCGACGAGAAGCUGCCGGUGCCCGCCCUGCCCUCGCCCUACAGCAAGAUCACGGCUCCGCGGCGGCCCCAGCGCUACAGCAGCGGGCACGGCAGCGACAACAGCAGCGUCCUGAGUGGGGAGCUGCCCCCGGCCAUGGGCCGCACGGCCCUGUUCUACCACAGCGGCGGCAGCAGCGGCUACGAGAGCAUGAUCCGGGACAGCGAAGCCACCGGCAGCGCCUCGUCCACGCACGACUCCAUGAGCGAGAGCGGCCUGUCGUCCCCCGGGGGCCGGACGAGGAGCCUGAAAUCUCCCAAGAAAAGAUCGACAGGUCUGCAGCGGCGGCGCCUGGUUCCGACUCCCCUGCCUGAUGCUGCGGCCCUAGGUAGGAAGCCGAGCGCUGCCGGCCAGUGGGUGGACCUGCCCCCUCUGCCUGGCACAUUGAAGGAGCCUUUUGAGAUCAAAGUGUACGAGAUUGACGACGUGGAGCGCUUGCAGAGGCACCGGCGGGAGGAGCCCGAGCCUUUCCAAGAUGUGGAAAAGGGCCUGAUGUAUUUUAAUGCCAAGCUGAAGGUCCUGGAAAGGAGACAUCAGCGAAUCAAGGAGAUGGAAGCCAAGCAUGAACUCUUGAAGGAGGAGCUGGAGGAGACCAAGAGCCGGCUGAUGAUGGAUCCAAACAAGUGGAGAGAAGAAUUUGAGGUGGACCCAGAACUGGAUAAAGAGUCUGAGGAAUACCUGGAGGCUCUCGAACAAGCUACGGAGGACCUCGAGCACUGUGUGAAUGUGUGCAAAGCCCAUGUCAUGAUCGUCACCUGCUUUGACAUCGGCGUGUCAGACGUGCAGGAAGUAGAAGUUUGAGAGCAGACCAGAAUGGACAGGAUGGGACAGGAACGGGAUGGGAAAGGGAUGAGACAAGGGAAAGGACAGAAAACAGAAUCCAGGGCGAUGGCUGGUUGUGCCAAGGUUGCAACGCCACAAGGAAGUGACAAGGGGAACAGGAAUGUAGAGG